CGCAUUAUCAAAGAAUGUCUGGACGUGGUAAAGGAGGAAAGGGACUUGGUAAGGGUGGCGCCAAACGUCACCGUAAAGUCCUGAGAGAUAACAUUCAAGGUAUCACAAAGCCCGCUAUUCGCCGUCUGGCUCGUCGAGGUGGCGUGAAACGAAUUUCUGGCUUGAUCUACGAAGAAACUCGUGGUGUGCUCAAAGUGUUCUUGGAGAAUGUUAUUCGUGACGCUGUAACUUACACCGAGCAUGCUAAGAGGAAGACCGUGACUGCCAUGGACGUAGUGUACGCUUUGAAGAGACAAGGCCGAACGCUGUACGGCUUCGGAGGUUAGAUGACAAUCAAGGCUGGCCAACAAAUACAAAAAACAAAGGCUCUUUUCAGAGCCACUAAAA